GAAUUUUUGGCCUGAUGUAUUAUCAAUGGCCUGAUGUAUUAUCAAUAGAAACAAACACAGCAAUAAAAAAUGGUUUGGAUUCUGCUAAUUGCCUUUUUGUUAAGUAUUUCUGGUUCUUGGAGUCGCAAUGCUUAUAUAAUCAGUUUUAAAAAGGAUGGAUACCUUGAAAUAGCAAAAAAUCAUCUUUCUGAAGAUGAGAACCUUAGUUUUGACUUCAAAACUACCUUACCUGAUGGACUAUUGCUUUAUCAAGGAGGGGUUGUACAGAAAGAGCGAUGGGACCAUGUUAUCUUAGAAUUAGUAAACGGCAGCAUACGUAUAUCUUACAAUACGGAUACAGUGUUUAGUGAGACUGCUUAUGUCGGGCAAGGACUCAACGACGGUUCAUUUCAUAAUGUAAAUCUUGUGCUAAGCAACACAAAACCUUAUCAAGCAACCCUCAGUGUGGAUACAAUGCAGUCGGUAACGGUGAGAGGAACCCAGCCUGUCAAUUUCCGAGACACGAACACCUUCUAUGUCGGCGGAGUACGGACAUUAACAGCUCGCGUUAAAAAUAAUCUGAUCACUGGGAAAAGUUUUGUUGGUUGUAUAAAAAAUUUCAUCCAAAGUAGAUAUGCAAUAAAUUUUUUCUACGACCUACCAUACUCGCAAAAUGUGCAGAAGGGCUGUCCACGAAGGAAUGUCUGUGCAAGUCACAGGUGUAAAUAUGGUACAUGUGUGGAUUUAUGGACCAACUAUGAAUGCCGGUGUAUGUCAGGGUACACAUCUCCGUACUGCGAGAGACAGCUAAGCGCGUCAUUUGAUGGCACGAAUAACUCAUCUAUAGGCUACUCAUUUGGGUUCCCUAUCAGAUCACUUUCGUUUCAGUUUAAUGUAAAGACUGGGUAUACACAGGGGGGGAUGGUUUACUCUGGAAUUUUGAACUCCUUCCAGAUUGGGAUUGCAUUUUUCGGCGAUCACUUGAACUUUGUUUAUGGGCAACCAGGAAACUGGCGAUCAGCUUCUCUUGGUACAAAUCUCACGGAUGGGUCAUGGCAUCAUCUGAACAUGACCAUUAAAUCUUCCGGCACCAUCAUCACGUACAUUGACAGAAUAGACACGUCUGUAAAUAUAGUACCAACGGUUAGCCAUAUUGGACAGCAUUUGUACUUUGGCAGAGUAUCUGCAAAUUUUUCCUCCUUGUCACAGAAAUUAAAUUAUUCUCCAUUUACUGGUUGUGUGAAAGAAUUGUUGGUAAACAACAAAACUGUGGAUCUAGGUAUUGGCCAGCGUUUAGGUGCCAGUCCACUACCGAAGCCAGGCUGCGCGGUUGAUAGAAGCUGCUCAUCCGUUAUGUGUGGAAAUCAAGGAACAUGCAAGACCAAAUGGAGUGGCAUGGAAUGUAGGUGUCCUAUUGGGUACCACGGGGAUAGAUGUGAAAAUGGAACAGCAGCAACAUUUAAUGACAAUACAAGUGUCUUGCUGACAUUAAAAUCGUCACACUGGACUUUUGGCUCAAGUGGUUCUAUGAAAUUCAGGACUCGCUCGUCACAUGGCUUACUACUUUAUGCCGGCUGGUUUCCUCGUUCGCAGGCUCGCCACGAUUAUGUGAAGUUGGAAAUAAUAAAACAAAAAUUAACGAUGACUGUGAACUUAGGGUCAGGUGAAGGUAGUGUGAUUAUUGACCAUACUGUAACAGCUGAUCAAUGGCAUUCUCUUGAAUGGACGAGAAAGUAUCGAAGUUUGCUCCUGAUCUUGGAUGGUGUAAAGCGAGGUGAAGCCAAAGUUCCUGGAAGUGAAAGAUUACUGAACGUCAGUCGCAGUGGAGAAAUAUUUGUUAACAUCAGCAGUCCAGUUAAAUCAAAUAUGUUUCGAGGCUGUAUAAAAGACCUGGUUCUGGAUACCCGCAAUGUAAACUUUCUUAAUCCCGUACCUCAACGCGGACUCGCAGUUCUCAAUAUGAACGUUAAAGCUGGCUGCGUGGUUAAAGAUCCCUGUCAUGGAUACAUCUGUCGAAAUGGGGGUCGCUGUCUCGACGACACAGGUAGCCCGCGUUGUAAUUGUACCGGAAACUUCACAGGAUUGCAUUGUGAGCGGUGCAUUACUGGACAUACUGGAGCAUUGUGUGAUAAGGUGAUAGAUUUGUGCGCAGAUCGACCCUGUCAGAUGGGUACGUGUGUUUUUGAUCCGAUGAUAUCAAUAAAUAACUACACCUGUGUUUGUUUUAAUGGUUUUACUGGGAGAAAUUGCACCAAAGAGAUAAAUGAAUGUUUGGUACAUUCACCAUGUAAGAAUAAUGCCCGAUGCGUUGAUGGUAUUGCAAACUACUCCUGUAUUUGUGCAGAUGGUUAUACUGGAAGAAAUUGUACAAUAGAAAUUGAUGAAUGUCUGGUACAUUUACCAUGUGAGAAUAAUGCCAGAUGCGUUGAUGGUAUUGCAAACUACUCCUGUAUUUGUGCAGAUGGUUAUACUGGAAGAAAUUGUACCAUAGAAAUUGAUGAAUGUCUGGUACAUUCACCAUGUAAGAAUAAUGCCAGAUGCGUUGAUGGUAUUGCGAACUACUCCUGUAUUUGUGUCGAUGGUUAUACUGGAAGAAAUUGUACCAUAGAAAUUGAUGAAUGUCUGGUACAUUCACCAUGUAAGAAUAAUGCCAGAUGCGUUGAUGGUAUUGCCAACUACUCCUGUAUUUGUGCAGAUGGUUAUACUGGAAGAAAUUGCACCAAAGAGAUUGAUGAAUGUUUGGUACAUUCACCAUGUAAGAAUAAUGCCAGAUGCGUUGAUGGUAUUGCGAACUACUUCUGUAUUUGUGCAGAUGGUUAUACUGGAAGAAAUUGCACCAAAGAGAUUGAUGAAUGUUUGGUACAUUCACCAUGUAAGAAUAAUGCCAGAUGCGUUGAUGGUAUUGCGAACUACUCCUGUAUUUGUGCAGAUGGUUAUACUGGAAGAAAUUGUACAAUAGAAAUUGAUGAGUGUUUCGUGCAUUCACCAUGUAAGAAUAAUGCCAGAUGCGUCGAUGGUAUUGCCAACUACUCCUGUAUUUGUGCAGAUGGUUAUACUGGAAGAAAUUGCACCAAAGAGAUUGAUGAAUGUUUGGUACAUUCACCGUGUAAGAAUAAUGCCAGAUGCGUUGAUGGUAUUGCGAACUACUCCUGUAUUUGUGCAGAUGGUUAUACUGGAAGAAAUUGCACCAAAGAGAUUGAUGAAUGUUUGGUACAUUCACCAUGUAAGAAUAAUGCCAGAUGCGUUGAUGGUAUUGCCAACUACUCCUGUAUUUGUGCAGAUGGUUAUACUGGAAGAAAUUGCACCAAAGAGAUUUAUGAAUGUUUCGUACAUUCACCAUGUAAAAAUAAUGCCAGAUGCGUUGACGGUAUUGCGAACUACUCCUGUAUUUGUGCAGAUGGUUAUACUGGAAGAAAUUGCACCAAAGAGAUUGAUGAAUGUUUGGUACAUUCACCGUGUAAGAAUAAUGCCAGAUGCGUUGAUGGUAUUGCGAACUACUCCUGUAUUUGUGCAGAUGGUUAUACUGGAAGAAAUUGUACAAUAGAAAUUGAUGAGUGUUUCGUACAUUCACCAUGUAAGAAUAAUGCCAGAUGCGUCGAUGGUAUUGCCAACUACUCCUGUAUUUGUGCAGAUGGUUAUACUGGAAGAAAUUGCACCAAAGAGAUUGAUGAAUGUUUGGUACAUUCACCAUGUAAGAAUAAUGCCAGAUGCGUUGAUGGUAUUGCGAACUACUCCUGUAUUUGUGCAGAUGGUUAUAUUGGAAGAAAUUGUACCAUAGAAAUUGAUGAAUGUUUCGUACAUUCACCAUGUAAGAAUAAUGCCAGAUGCGUUGAUGGUUUUGCCAACUACUCCUGUAUUUGUGCAGAUGGUUAUACUGGAAGAAAUUGCACCAAAGAGAUUGAUGAAUGUUUGGUACAUUCACCAUGUAAGAAUAAUGCCAGAUGCGUUGAUGGUAUUACCAACUACUCCUGUAUUUGCACUGAUGGUUAUUCUGGAAGAAAUUGUACAAUAGAAAUUGAUGAAUGUUUGGUACAUUCACCAUGUAAGAAUAAUGCCAGAUGCGUCGAUGGUAUUGCCAACUACUCCUGUAUUUGUGCAGAUGGUUAUACUGGAAGAAAUUGCACCAAAGAGAUUGAUGAAUGUUUGGUACAUUCACCAUGUAAAAAUAAUGCCAGAUGCGUUGAUGGUAUUGCGAACUACUUCUGUAUUUGUGCAGAUGGUUAUACUGGAAGAAAUUGCACCAAAGAGAUUGAUGAAUGUUUGGUACAUUCACCAUGUAAGAAUAAUGCCAGAUGCCUUGAUGAUAAUGCGAACUACUCCUGUAUUUGUGCAGAUGGUUAUACUGGAAGAAAUUGUACAAUAGAAAUUGAUGAAUGUUUGGUACAUUCACCAUGUAAGAAUAAUGCCAAAUGCGUUGAUUGUAUUGCAAACUACUCCUGUAUUUGUGUCGAUGGUUAUACUGGAAGAAAUUGUACCAUAGAAAUUGAUGAAUGUCUGGUACAUUCACCAUGUAAGAAUAAUGCCAGAUGCGUUGAUGGUAUUGCGAACUACUCCUGUAUUUGUGCAGAUGGUUAUACUGGAAGAAAUUGCACCAAAGAGAUUGAUGAAUGUUUGGUACAUUCACCAUGUAAGAAUAAUGCCAGAUGCCUUGAUGGUAUUGCGAACUACUCCUGUAUUUGUGCAGAUGGUUAUACUGGAAGAAAUUGUACAAUAGAAAUUGAUGAAUGUUUGGUACAUUCACCAUGUAAGAAUAAUGCCAAAUGCGUUGAUUGUAUUGCAAACUACUCCUGUAUUUGUGUCGAUGGUUAUACUGGAAGAAAUUGUACCAUAGAAAUUGAUGAAUGUCUGGUACAUUCACCAUGUAAGAAUAAUGCCAGAUGCUUUGAUGGUAUUGCGAACUACUCCUGUAUUUGUGCAGAUGGUUAUACUGGAAGAAAUUGCACCAAAGAGAUUGAUGAAUGUUUGGUACAUUCACCAUGUAAGAAUAAUGGCAGAUGCGUUGAUGGUAUUGCAAGCUACCUCUGUAUUUGCAUUGAUGGCUAUACUGGAAGAAAUUGUAGUGUAGAAAUUGAUGAAUGUCUGGUACAUUUACCAUGUAAGAAUAAUGCCAGAUGCGUUGAUGGUAUUGCAAACUACUCCUGUAUAUGUACUGAUGGCUAUACUGGAAGAAAUUGUGGUGUAGAAAUUGAUGAAUGUACAACUGAUUCCAUUUUCCCAAACCGCCGUUGUCUAAAUAAUGGUGUGUGUAUAGAUGGCGUCGCAAAUUAUAUGUGUAAUUGUUCAGGCACUGGUUAUCGAGGACUAAAUUGUGAAACUGAUAUUGAUGAAUGCUUAACAGGAACACACAAGUGUAAAAACGGCACAUGUAUUAACGUUCCAGGGGGAUACAGAUGCGAUUGUUUCAAAUUUUACAAUGGAACAUUUUGUAACAACCAUACGAAGAUUAUAAUAGUUAAUUCUAGUGGACAUAGUGUUGAAUUUUCUCCCACAAAAUUUUGGUGGGUUAUUCUUAUUGGUUUGUUGAUAGGUGUGGUGUGUAUUGUUGUGUUAUUUUUGUACUUACGGAAACAGACAGUAAAAAUGGAGGGUGUUUACCUCCCUGGGGAGGAGGAAAUAAGAAUGGCAAAAGUCAACCCGGCAUUUGGGUUGAUCAAUGAAGAAUGUAUCAUUUAAGACCAUACUUUUGGUCAAGUAGUUUUCACAUAGUAUAUUUAUAUUUAUAAUGUUGUAAAAAUUGUAUAUAGCUAUAUACCUAUUAUUUUUACCAA